GGUGUUGCCAUGGAGACAGCGCCUUCACCUAAGCUUUCCGCGCCGUGGUGCUGGCGGUAGCUCUCCUAGGCCUAACCAUGGCACAGCCGGCCGAGAGCUACGACCCCAUUGGAACCAUCUUAAUCCAGGUUCAUGAUGACCUUUAUGAACUAAAGGAGAAAUUAACAAAUUUCCCACAUGAAGAAAAUGGAAGGACUCUAGACAUUCAGGAUCUCGAAGCAGCAAUCAAAAGGACUGAAAUGGGAUUAAGAAUUCACAUUGAGAAGUAUUUAAAUGUUGUAAACCAUCACGUGUUAAUGACUCCUCUUGAGGAUGGCCACUUGUAUUCUUCUCAGCCUUCCAAAUGGUACCUUCCAACUGUACUUGAUCAGAAGGCAUUUAUUUUCCCUAUGGAAUCUGAGGGUAAACUUUGGCAACCACCAAAACAGCACAAAUCAUUCCCACACGCCUUUUCAAGAAUAAAGGAAAAGAUAGGGUUGAAUGUAAAAAUCAUGCAGGAUCCUGAAAACAUCCACCACAGAGCUGCUGUAAAUGCGAACUAUGGGAUCAGUUUGCCAUGUAUUAAUCAGAGAAAAGCUUGUGUGAAGGUUCAGAAGUUAAUCAAAGGGUCCACCAUAUCUAAACUCACAGUUCCACCAACCUAUCGUCGAAUAAAUUCCUAUUUCAGCCCCAUACCAGUCCUACGAGUGGAUGCCAAUAAAGGGAUUUUAAGUAUGAUAGAACGAGGAUUGAUUCCACCAACAGCAAAGAUUACCUUUCAAAAUCCACCCAUUAUGCCCAGAGCUGCUCCUCUGCAUAAUUUUCAUGAAUCACUUACGAUUCCAACUUCCUCUUCUUUCGCUUUACCUCAGAAACCACAGCUGAUCCAAGAAGUGAAAAAGUUCCCUUCCAAGAAACGAAAAUCAAAGGGGAAAAGCAGAAGGUCAAGAGGACAUCACGACAGGAAGGGCAUGAAAAUUGCAACACCUAAAACUUUGAAGUUACCAUGGGAGCAUGAUUUUGUAAUUUGUAAUGGCAUCAUAGACAAGACAGCCCCAGAUUUCUUAGCAUUCAAGCAACAUUUUAGUUUGUCUUGGGGAAGUAUUUUUUCUCUCCUGGAACAUGUCGAGAAGUUUCUCAGGGACUAUGCAGUCCCAGAAGUCAAAAUAAAAGGGAAUCAAUUGGUAGCCCUCCUUCCAGAAUUUGAGCUGAAGAAUAAACUUACCAAAUACGACCUCCUCUCAGUGAUAGAAAACCCACUGCCCAUCCAAAAGUUGUUAAGUCUUCCAGGGCAAAGGUACAAGGGCCAAGACGGAAGGUCAGUGGCUGCCAACAAGAUCCAAGCGACAUGGAAAUGCCACAAGACAAGGAAAUUCUUCCUCCUUUACCGCCAGCAAAAGUGGGCGUCCGGUGUGAUUGCCAUUUCGUGGCUCUUACAUUGCCAUAAGACCCGAGUGAAGAAGAUCCUGAUGGAAACGCGUCAGAGACACCUGGAGAAUUUCCACAUUCGAGCCAAGCAUCUGGCAGCCAACUGGAAUCGCAUCAGGACCUCCAGGAGGACUAUUAUCCAUAUCCCAUCAUUAGGAUAUGCCCAGCCAAUGCGAAAAAAUAUUGCUGACUUCAACACACAGCAGAACAUGCAACUGGGGAGACUGUGUGACAUCUCAGAUGCCAAUGUGAGUGUCAUCUACAUCUGUUCCCAUCAUAUGAAUGAAGAGUUACUGCUGUACUACCAUAAAAUCUUGAGUCUACAGGCAGCUGUCAAAUCAGGAAACCUUCAGGACAGAAGUGACCUGCAGGACAGGUUCAAAAUCAUCACCCCUGAAGCUGUAAACUUCUUCACUAAGCAGCACAUGUGCCUGGCCACUCUCCUGAUGUACAGUCCCAAGGCAAUCAAAAGAAUAAAAAAUCUCAUCUGCGGAAAAGAGGCCUACAUUGUCAGCGGCCUCCUCCACAGAGAUGAUUUGGCUGUGGCAGAUAUGUUAGAUAUACCCAUCCUGGGUCCGGAGCCUGAACUAGCUCAUCUCUAUAGUACCAAGUCUGGAAGUAAACGGGUCUUUGAAAGUGCCAGCGUGCCAGUCCCUCCUGGAGUAUAUGACGUCUAUACUCAACAGCAGAUGAUAGAACAGCUGAGUCAGCUGGUGGUUGAUCACCUGGAAAUCAAACGCUGGCUCUUUAAAAUGGACUUUGAGUGCGGAGGAAAUGGGACUGCAUUUUGUGACGUUCCUUCUCACCUAAAGUGCUACCACUGGAUCCAAAAGGAAAGUCGCAGAUAUGGCCGAGAAGGCUGGAGCAAGAAGUGGGCACAUGAGCCAGCUUUGGUGAAGAUCUCCGAGGAGCUGGCGGGCAUUUUAGCACAGCACGCACAGCCAGUCAAUGAGAAACGGUUCCCGACGUGGAGGAAAUUCCUCCAAACAUUUCUCAGUCAAGGAGGUGUAAUUGAAGCAUACCCACCAGCACAAAGUAUCACCAGCUUGACGGUGGACAUGCUGAUAGAACCCAAUGGAGAAAUAAGGGUGCUGUCCACGGGGGACCAGUUUCAUGCCAAAGAUGCCUUCAUCUCCUCUGGUACCACCAUGCCUCAGACGUCAGUGGAUCCCCAAGUUCUCAGUUCUUUAUGCCUCCGAAUUGGAAAAGCUUGUAAAAUGAGAAAUGUCAUUGGUUACUUUUCUAUAAACCUAGUGACGUUUAUUGAUCCAAUCACCUUGGAACAGCAGGUGUGGGCCACAAGUCUUAACCUCUCCUAUAGUGACCAGCUGGCCCUGACUCAGCUUGCCUUAUACCUGACCAAUGGCAAUCUGGAUUGCAGUUUGAGCACCUUUGGAGUGCCCCUCUUUGUUCCAGAGAACAAGAAGAAAAUGAGCUGCACACAGUUGGCCACCAGUCGCUAUGCAGUGAUGACCACCCAGCUGAAACACAGCAAUCUCUCUCUGGUUUUCCAUUAUGUUUUUCUCCAGAUGUGUAAGGCGCAUGGCAUUGGCUAUGACAUUGAGGGCAGACAAGGAACUGUUUUUAUAUUAUAUGAACACCUGAAGAGAGAUAAGCUGGGAAUGCUAACAAUCGGUGAGGAUCUCCAGGGGGUCCUCAUGACCUUUGCUCGCAAUCUCUUCAUCAUCCAUCAAGAAAUAUCAACACCUAAUAUGCAAGGCGAGACCAAUUUUAAGGCCAUCAUUAAUGAUAUCGAAGUCAUUCUAGGAGUAACAGAGGAAAACAAAAUGAGAUAUGAAGAACUUCAGUCCAAAGAUGAUAAAAACCUCUCUAAGCCUGAUAAAUGAAUGUUCCUGAAUACAUUACUGAUUUUGGAUGCCCAUCUGAGGCCAAAAAGGGGCAACAUUCCUUAUGCUGUUAGAAAUAAAAGGUGGGGAAAGAAAGAUAGUUUGCUUUGCUUGCUAGGAAGUAUAUCAGAACAUAUUAUAAUGUAAUGCUCUUUAAAAAAAAAAUGCUUGUUAAUUAAUUCUGCUUACUAUCCCAAACACUGUUUAUGUUUUCACCUGAGAAUGCUGAACAAUCUUACUGUUCCCAAACUCAAGAAGAAAUAAUCUGAUAAAAUAGGAAAGUUACAUGUCUCACUGAUAUCACUUCUGCAUCUACCUCUUCAUAAACUUCAGGAUUAUGAGGCUUUUGUUUUUGUUUUAUAGUUUUCUUCCUGUAUUUCUAAUAGUAAUUUACUUCUGCAUUUAAAAAGUUGAAUAAAAGCUUAAUAACUGCUGUUUAGCAAAACACAUUUGCCUCUUUUUUCCCAAUAAAAUUACAUUUUUUA